AUGCCGAAUCCUCACUACGACUUCUUGAUCAAACUGCUGCUGAUUGGCGACUCGGGUAAGUUUGGAGGGCGGACGGAUGAGCGCGAGCAGCACGAAGGGCGAGACUUUCGAGCUCGGCGCAAGUCCUCGGCCAAAGUCACGCACGCCUCUCAGCGAAGGCGAAGGUGCGGGCGAUGGUCCUCGCAGCUCUACACGAAGGCGGAGCGCACUCGCCCUUGUCGCGCCGCUUCUGCUCAGGUUAAUGGUUGAUCAGAAGGCGUGCGCGGUAAGAAGCCAAGCGCAAGUCGGAUGCCGAGAUCCGAACAGGCGAAGCACGACCUUCACGACGCCAGUGUUAGGAAAGGUCACGCUUGCGUUCAGCUGCGAUGCGCAGACAUUCCGUUCCCAAUCUAAUUCUCGCUGAAUACUGGCGUCGAGCUCCUUGGGCAUGCUGCAUUUCUGGCCCUUACGAAGUGUGACGAUUUGUCGAGGAUGGGUGUUGCGAAAAGUCUCUUGCCAAGCCUUGACCACGAUGUGACGCUGACAUAGUCGCGUUUUUCUUUUCGCCUCUCUCCUACUCGACUAGGUGUCGGCAAAUCAUGCUUGCUGCUUCGAUUCUGCGAUGAUGCUUGGACGCCCUCCUUCAUUACCACGAUUGGCAUCGACUUCAAGAUUCGCACAAUCGACUUGGAUGGCAAGCGUGUCAAGCUCCAAAUCGUGAGUAGACGGCGUUACUAACAAUGCUCGCAGGCCUCACAGCCGACCAAUCAUUCCUCCCUUUGAUUCAUCAGUGGGACACAGCAGGCCAAGAGCGCUUCAGAACCAUCACCACCGCGUACUACAGAGGCGCGAUGGGUAUUCUGAUGGUAUACGAUGUGACGGAUGAAAGGAGUUUCAGUAGUGAGUGCUAGUAUCGCAUCUGGCUUGACACUUCCUCCGCUGACACAUGGUCUUUUUCUCUGUGUAGACGUGCGAACCUGGCACUCCAACAUUGAACAGCAUGCUAGCGAGGGUGUCUCAAAGAUUUUGGUGGGCAACAAGGCAGACUGGGAAGAAAAGCGGGUGAGUUUACUUCGCCUUGCCGCUGUAUGCCUAGGAGCUGUGGGCACUGCGGCUGAAGCCUUUCGCCAUUGUCGGUACUACAUAGGUCGUCACUACAGAGCAGGGUCAAGCGCUGGCAGAUGAAUUGGGUGUUCGCUACGUCGAGACAUCCGCCAAGACGAAUCAAGCUGUGGACGACGCCUUCAUUGCGCUCGCCAGGGACGUCAAGUCGCGCGUCAUUGACACCGCGGCCGGAUCCGCUUCGAGCGGUGGCGCUGGCGCAAACGAGAGUCAAGGCGUGAACGUCAAUGCCCAGCAGCCAGCGAGCUCGAGCGGAUGCUGCGCUUGA